AGUGUCAUCACUUGGCCUUUUAACUACACCAUUGUUGCUAUAUUUUAUAUAGUGCUGUGCAAGGGACUAAUAUGGAGAUUUUACCCCUUUGAGAAGCUCAUUUUGUUUUUUUGAAAUACGAAAACCUUGCAUAUUGUUAUUUCUUGUGCAAAUUGUUAUUUUGAGAUAUAUCAGGAAAAAUUACAUUUAUUUAAGAACGAGCAGCACGUCAGGGCCAGUCAUCGAGUGAACUUAAACAAAGACGAAUCGAAUGUAAACAAAGGUGCGCCAGUCCCAUAUCUACCGUUGGCGGAUGUAUAGUGUGAAUUGCAAGACACUGUUAUCAUGAAGACGACAUUUACUACUGUUGACCUGCUGGCCAUUGUGGCUGAGCUACAGGAAAGGGUCAUUGGAAUGAGAGUUGUGCAGGUUUAUGAUGUAGACUCCAAAACAUAUUUGAUAAAACUCCAGAAGCCCGAUCAGAAGUGUAUGUUGUUAGUUGAAUCAGGAGCUCGUUUACACACCACUGAAUAUGAAUGGCCCAAGAGCCCAGCACCCUCUGGCUUCUCUAUGAAGUUAAGAAAACAUCUACGCAAUAAACGUAUUGAGGCUGUGCAGCAGCUUGGUGUUGAUCGUAUUGUUGAUUUGACAUUUGGAUCUGGGGAGGCACAACACCAUGUUAUAUUGGAACUUUAUGACCGUGGUAAUAUUGUACUCACCGACCACUCAUACACCAUUCUUAAUAUUCUUCGUCCACGGAAGGAAGGGGAAGAUGUUAGAUUUGCUGUGCAUGAGACAUAUCCAGCAGACCGACCACGACUGCCUAAAUCUCCACUCUCCACAGAAGACUUGAAGAAUGCAUUAUCUUCUGCUAAAGAAAAUACUCCUUUAAAAAAGAUACUAAAUCCCUUGUUAGACUGUGGUGGAGGAGUACUUGAUCAUGAACUGCUGGAAGCAGGCUUCCGCACAGGUGCAAAGUUAGGUCAGGAUCUGAAAAUUAAUGAUGACCUUACACAGCUGCAUAAAGCUGCAACCAGAGCACAGGCUGUUGUCACAGAAUGGGCCAAAAGACCAUUCCAAGAGGGCUACAUUAUCAAGAAAAUUGAGCAGAGGAAAAAAGGAGAUGGUACUAUGGAGGAAGUUCCUAUUUACCAAGAGUUUAUGCCAUUUCUCUUUGCCCAGUAUGCACAGUCUCCUAAUGAACGAUUCCCAACCUUCAAUGAAGCUUGUGAUGAAUAUUUCUCAAAGAUGGAGGCUGGUAAAAUAGACCAAAAAGCUGUGCAGAAGGAGAAGGAGGCACUUAAGAAGCUAGAAAAUGUUAAACGUGAUCAUGAACGGCGUCUGCAGGACCUCAGCUGUACCCAAAAGACAAAUGAACUUCAUGGCCAUAUGAUAGAACUUAACAAAGAUUUGGUGGAUAAAGCAAUCCUGGUGGUCCGAAGUGCUGUUGCCAAUCAGAUUGACUGGAAACAAAUUAAAGAACUGCUAGCAGAAGCUCAAGCUCGAGGAGAUACCGUGGCUCUAGCUAUCAAACAACUCAAACUGGAGAGCAAUUCUAUCAUUCUGUCACUUAGCAACCCAUAUGACUGUGAAGAAGAUGACAUCUUGUUGGACUCUGAUGAAGAACGUGAAGAAGGCAAUGAUUCCACAAAGAUGCGGCCCAUGACAGUGGAUAUAGACCUAGAUCUCUCUGCAAUGGCCAAUGCUCGUAGGUAUUUCGAUCAGAAGCGUCAAGCAGCAAGGAAGGAACAGAAAACAAUUGAUGCCUCAGCUAAGGUACUUCAGAUAACCACCAAGAAAACUAAUGAAACACUCAGAGAAGUGGCAGCCAUCUCUAACAUCAAUAAGGCGAGAAAGGUCCAUUGGUUCGAGAAAUUUCUUUGGUUUAUUUCCUCUGAAAAUUAUCUAGUAAUUGGGGGUCGAGAUAGCCAAAUGAAUGAAUUGCUCGUGAAACGUCACCUGCAUCAUCAAGAUGUUUAUGUUCAUGCAGAAAUGCAUGGUGCUCCUAGUGUAAUUAUCAAGAACCCAACUGGCAAAGAACCACCACCCAAGACUCUGCAUGAAGCUGGCAUUAUGGCUCUUUGCUAUAGUCGUGCUUGGGAUGAAAAAGUUGUGACUUCGGCAUGGUGGGUAUGGGGUAACCAAGUAAGCAAGACAGCACCCUCAGGAGAAUACCUCACUACGGGUGCCUUCAUGAUCCGUGGCAAAAAGAACUUCCUGCCACCUUCGCACCUAAUCUAUGGUUUUGGGUUCCUCUUCAGACUGGAGGAAGAGUCCAUUGCUAGACAUGUUGGUGAAAGAAGAGUGCGUUCUUUAGAGGAAGAUGAAGUAAAGGAUGCCAUGAGCAGUCUUUCUGUAGCAGACACCGACGAUCACAGUGACUUAUUACUCGAGGAGGAAAAUGGAUUAAUGGAAAAAAAUAAAGAGGAGAAUGAAGAUACAACACUACAGUCAAUGAAAGAGGAAUCUGAUGAUGAAGAGGACGAGAAGGGCAGCAGAGAACAAAUAGAUAAUAAAUUUGGGACAGAGGUAAAAGAAGAUGAAAAAAUAAUAGAAUUUCCAGAUACAGUGGUAGACAUAACUCAUAUUGGUGGCGAUCAAUUUUCCAUCCGUGCACGAACAGUUUCUACAAUGUCACAGUUAUCUGUGCAGUCUGGUGGAAUGGAAGAGGAUAAUGAAGUUGUAUAUCUUGGAGAUAACCAGCCAGUCAUCAUAAACAGAAAAAUAAAUUCUAAUAAUGAAUUCAAUAAAGGUAAAAAGGGAAGUCGCGCAAAUUCCAAGAUUGCGAAAAGGCAAAUUGAGCAAAAAAGUGUAGAGGAACAGAAGUGUCAUCAAGAUAUAGACAGCAAGGGGAGUGCACCUAAGCGUGGGCAGAGAAGCAAGAUGAAAAAGAUGAAAAAGUAUCGUGAUCAGGAUGAAGAGGAACGCGAAAUGAGAAUGCGCUUGUUGCAGUCUGCAGGCAACAAUACGGAUCAGAAGAAAGGUAAAACUGUCAAGAAAGAUGGUAAAGAAGUAAAGGGAAAAGGCAUAGGCACAAAGCCGAGUGCUAAACCCAGAGCCUGUAACCAGCCCAGGGAGGAAAGUGAGGCACACAUUACACAGCAAGAUCAACUGCACACUGAAGACAUCAUAACCAACAAGGAAGAAAACCAAGAUGAAGAGGAUGAGGAUGAGUCAUCACAGAUUGCAGAUGACCUGAACAUUAUCAAUACAUUAACAGCAAUACCUGUGGCUGAAGAUGAACUACUUUACACCAUUCCUAUGGUUGCUCCAUACACUGCUAUGGCUAACUUCAAGUACAAAGUUAAGCUAACCCCAGGACCUGGAAAAAAGGGAAAGGCCUGCAAGACUGCAGUGGCUCUCUUCUUGGGAGACAAAUCUGCUACUCCUCGGGAGAAAGAAUUACUUCGAGCUGUACGAGAUCAAGACCUGGCAAGAAACCUACCCGGAAAAGUCAAAGUGUCUGCACCGAAUAUUACAAAAAUCAGAAAAUAGUCAAAUGUUUUAUUUCUAAAUUUAAUUUUUGUUUGUGUUUAUAUACAGAAAUUUUAUUAUCUUGUGGCAAUUAAAAACAUAUAGUUUUCUCAUUAA